GACGAAGAGACCACGCCUACUUUGAGCACAGCAACGGCAACGCCAUCCUCUGCCGCAUCCACGGCUGCGUCGCUGGCCAUAAACAGCAUUGUCGAAGCUGCCACCGCAAAUGCAGUGGCGGCUAAAGCUGGCAGUACCAGUAGCCCAGCUACAACUUCCACCAACUCGGUGUCGUUUUCGCCCAAAACGAUCGCGGUUUCUUGUUCUUCACCAUCCACUUCUGCCCUGAGCAGUUCUUGUUCUCCAGCCAGAUUCUCCUUCACUGACAACUGGAUUUUGAUCGAAGAAGCCGAGGACAUUUGCACCACGCCUGGCAUGGAAGACAAGGAAGAAGCCAGCAGAAGUCCAACGACAACCCGGUCUUGGCGGUUUCUGGUUCGAAAUCCGGAGGUUCGGCGCGAGUUUUUCCACGCUUUGCGCCGCAUGUGCAGCCGGGUUCGCCUGCAGGUUGCUUUGCAACCGCCGCCCGCGAUGCUGGAUCGAGUAGCUACAACUGCAGCAGUUGUGUCUACUACUGUAGCGGUCAUCGAAGGUGGGGAAACGGAAAUGAGUCCACGCGGCCCGUGUGGUCUAGCAGACACAGUCGAGAAGGCAGACACAGUCGAGAAGGCAGACGCAGACACGCGCAUUGAAGAGGAACCGGUAAAACCAAAAGGAAAGCAUGAUCAAAAUGCAGAAAGCGCUGGACAAGUUGUAGACUGUUCAGGGUCAGCACUUCUAAAUGAGCCUGUGAACAACAACGUGAUCACCAAGAAAGAAAACAAGCCGGCUGCAGGGCUGUCGGACGCGUCUGAAGAACUACAAAGAGCAACUGCGAUUGCAACCACUUCUGCAGGGGCUACUAGUGGUGCAGAACAUUCGUGCAGCAAGCGUUCAUAUUCACGAACCCCUUUCCUCAAUCGGAGACCGAUUAACCGCACGGUGUCUGCGGAUCACGACAAUGCUAGCAAAGAGAACUGCAAAAUGAAUAGUGCCAUC